ACUAUUGGUAAUAUUCCAUGUCUUCCAUGUAGGACGCAAAGAGGGCAGCCUUGUGAAUGGACCCUGAGCAGACCAGAUGGAAACAGAAAAGACCAGCCAUGAGACGGAAAAAAGUCUGAUACUUUCACAAAUCAGUACAACUCAGCAGACAGACCCUCUUCUCGCCAAGCGCCAGAAUGGAGAUCCAUUUCAGCAGUUCAACGGGGACACUAAUUGGAGCCAUUUCAAGCCCAACACAGUAGUUUACCCAAUGAAAAGUCAACAAGAGAAUUGUUCUGGGCCUGCUAAUAUGCAAGGGAUAUUGGAUCAAAGCAUGCAUGAGAUGAAUGGACAGAUGAAACAUGCUCUUAGAGAACAGACAUUUUUACAUUUUCACCAGCCUAAAAAACUCUGCACUGAUUCAGAGGUGAAUGGAAAUAAGGAUCUGAGUAUUUGUGACAAUAGAGAUGCAGGAAUGGAGAACCAUUUAGAGGGAUUCCCUAAACAUAAUAAACCAGGGGAUUUUGAGAUAAAACAUAGUAAAAGAAACUGUAAAUUUCCCAAUGGGGAUUUAUUCUUACUGUCAAGGAACAAGCAAGUUCCAAUGCCUAAUGGUGCUACAACAAGCCCACCCUCAGUAAAGGGUACAACUGGUGACCUCUUAGAGAAAACACUGUCUCAGUAUUACCCAGAGCAUGUGUCCAUCGCACCUCAAUCCAACUCAUCUCAAGCAGAUAAGGUCACCAGCAACCUGCCGGAGCAGGAAACUUCACCUUCAUUAACCUCAGGUUUUCCAAUUUCACCCCAAACAUCUGCCUCCCAGCCACUUGCCAAGGCACCCCUAGAAGUAAAAGGCAGCAAUGGCUACAAUACAGAAUUCACAGUGAAUGAAUACUUUAGUUUUGUAGCCGAGCAAAAGAAGCCUACUUAUCCUCUCUCUGACCUACCAGAUAUGGGAACACAAUUGCUGAGUCAGAAAACUUCAGAGUCCAAUGUGCCAUCACAGACAGGCAUCAAUGGUUGCUCACAGAGUCCAGAAGAUAGAAAAGGCCUUCCAAAUGAUUCUGAUUGUUUAAGCAAGUCCAACCAAGAUUUUAGCCAUAAAUCUUAUAUAUUGCCCCCAGUGAUGGCAGGAGCACCAUCACAAAACACUCAGACAGGUCAGCAGAACCUACAAAUUAACGUGCUACAGAAACAACCAACAGAUGAAAGCCUCCAUGACAAUAGAGACUUUUCCUUGCCACAGCAACAGAUUAUUGAGCCACAUGUAGUAGACAGCAGCUUGACAUCCGAGGCCUGUAAAUCAGCUUCUCACAAUCAACAAAGUGAAUACAAAAAUAAGACUAAACCAGAUCAGGAAAAGACAACGUCAGAGAAUACAGAUCACUCAUCCCAGAUGAAAUGGAUAGAUUUAAACUCGGCUUCAGCACCCCAGCCAUCUACUGAACACCCCCAGAUGUGGGAUUUUUUUCUUCCACGGAACCACAUGCAGCAGCAUACAAUCACACAGAGCCAAAGUCGUUGUAUAAAUUCCAUGCCCUCAAACAACUUUCGGUCUCAAAAUUUCAGUAAUCCUGGUUGUCCCUCAUUUGAAAAUAAGGCACAAGAUGGUUACAAAAACUCCCUACCUCCUACACAGUUCCCCCACAAUUCUGUCCCUGAAUGUCAACAGAACCAUUCUGGUAUGCAAGAUCAUAGUAACAUGCAAUGUAACAAACACACAUCCCAGCAACUGUGCAAAAAUGAUCAAGACCAGAUACAAUCCCAGAGCUUCCUUUCUCAGCCACCAUCUGCUGAGCCUCAACAACAGGAAAACAGCACAAUUCCCCAUCAGCUCCCUCAGGAUAGACAGAAUAUGCAAGCAGCUCCCCAAUCACAGGAUGUUUCCCAGAGCCAGGUAGAUGAACCACUCUUGAAAAGGCUAAAAACAGAGGGAUGCCUUCAUUCAGAAUCCCAGAAGUUAUCUCUAGGUACAGAAACACCAGCACAAACACUGUCUAGUCCAGCUACGAGAGAAAACUCAACAUUUCCAGGCUUUUCUAAGUCAAAUGUACAAUUCUUAACUAAAGAAGAUGAAGCUCUAACAGACAGAAAACUCCAGCAGGACAUGCAAUACUUUCAGAACAGCAGUAAACAACAUCCAAACUACCAGCAACCCCUCCAACACAGGACACAUAAUCAUUUGGAAUUUCCUAAUUCUCUGAUUUCUCAAUCACAACUGUCACAAGUUUCUAAUAGUCUUCAGAUACCUGCUCAAAUAUUUACCAAAGCUGAAUUCCAAGAACCCUUUGGCCAAAUCCAGAGAGAUUCUCUGCCAAGCCAAGGUGCUCAAGGAGAUAUGCAGAGGCACGCAGCCUUGCGAAUGCACCUUCUACAGAGGCAGGAGCGACAAGGCCCCAACAACAUCAGGCCAAGUAUGCCAGUCAUAAAAAGUGAAAACUGCUCAGGUUUAGAAACCUCAGCUCAAUAUCCACCAAUAGAAGUACAACAGCAAGAUCAAGACAAAACCAAAGUCAUGCCAGUGGUAGUAAAGCAGGAGCAUCCUUCUUCAUCCUGUGAACAAAGCCAGCAGAGGAGUAUUAUAGCAGCCAUGGAGCAGCAGUUAAAACAGUAUCAGCUCUCACCUGUGUUUGAAAGAAAGUCUUUGGUCAAAAAGUCACCCAAUAAGGUGAAGGUAGAGAUGGCUGGGGCUGUGACUGUGCUCUCAACCAGUGCUGAGGGGAAUGUCAAGGAACAGUGUAAACUUCAAAACUUCACCCCACCUAAAAAGAUUGAACCUGGGUUACAAACCUUUCUGGAGUCACCCAUGAAGCUGCUUGAUACACCAAUAAAAAACUUGCUAGAUACACCUUUGAAGACACAGUAUGACAUUCCGUCUUGUCAUUGUGUUGAUCAAAUCAGUGAAAGGGAUGAAGGCCCAUAUUAUACUCACUUGGGAUCAGCACCAACUGUUGCAGGCAUCCGCAAAAUUAUGGAGGAAAGAUCCGGACUGACUGGAAGUGCCAUAAGGAUUGAAAAAGUUGUGUAUACAGGAAAGGAAGGGAAGAGUGGGCAGGGCUGUCCCAUUGCUAAAUGGGUAAUACGGAGAGCAAAUGUAGAUGAGAAACUCCUGGUCUUGGUACGAGAGCGGGCUGGUCAUUCAUGUGAGACAUCCUGUAUAGUAGUGGUCAUCCUAAUUUGGGAAGGCAUACAAAUCAACCUGGCUGACCGUCUCUACUCAGAACUCAGUGACACUCUAACAAAACAUGGUGCCCUAACCAACCGCAGAUGUGCUCUAAAUGAGGAGAGAACAUGUGCAUGUCAGGGUUUUGAAGCUGAUGCCUGUGGAGCUUCUUUCUCCUUUGGCUGCUCGUGGAGUAUGUACUAUAAUGGCUGCAAAUUUGCUAGGAGUAAAAUCCCUAGAAAGUUCAAACUACUUGGGGAUGAUCCCAAGGAGGAAGAGAAACUGGAACAAAAUCUCCAGGGUCUUGCAACUUUAAUUGCCCCAACGUAUAAAAAAAUUGCGCCUGAUGCAUACACCAAUCAGGUAGAGCAUGAACACAGAGCUCCCGAUUGCCGUCUGGGUCUAAAAGAAGGCCGGCCGUUUUCUGGAGUUACAGCCUGUUUAGACUUCUGUGCCCAUGCCCACAGAGACCUUCACAACAUGCAGGGGGGCAGUACUGUGGUCUGCACACUAACACGAGAGGACAAUCGUGAGAUUGGAAAAAUUCCUGAGGAUGAGCAGCUACAUGUGCUUCCCUUAUACAAGGCUUCAUCCACUGAUGAGUUUGGCAGUGCUGAGGCUCAGCUGGAGAAGACAAAGACUGGUGCUAUUCAGAUGCUCAGUGCCUUUCGUAGACAGGUGCGUAUGCUACCAGAGCCUGCGAAGUCUUGCCGACAGAAGAAGCUGGAUGCCAAGAGAGCUGCAGCUAACAAACCAAACAACCCCAACACACCUAACUCUAAAAUGGACAACACCCAGCAAGCAAAGCAGAAACAGUCCUCUUAUGAGAACCCAGGCCAGACUGUAACAGGCCCAGGUAAUGUGAGAACAAAUCUUGACCCUAGGCAUCUCCCACAUGCUCAUGCUGCCCAUCAGCCUCAGCAGCAGCAAGCACAACCUAAUCCUAACCCCUCUUACACUGUCCCACCAUUUCCUAGAUUGUCAAAUGCAUCAGGAACCUUCUUAAACAGUUCUAAAUCUGCAACCCCACAUCCUCAAAUCCCAUCUUCUGCCAGUCCUUAUCCCUCUCCUUUGCAUGCACCCAACUCUUACAUUAAUGUGUCAAAUGCACCCACCCCAUAUCCCAGGUCUCUUACACCCAACCCACUCUACACUGGUUACCAAUGUAAUGGAGGACUCCCCAUGGACAACUACCACCCUUACUACUCUUCCAAUCUAAAGCAUCCAGAUAUGUAUCAUCUUCAGAGAAAUUCACUGUACUCUGAGCAGCAGUACAACACACCUCAAAAUUACGGGGUAAACUACCCAUCACACUUUGGAGAGCCUAACUUGCCAGUCAAUGGUUAUGGUACCUGUAACAUGAAACCUGGCAUGCACUCCAUGGAACGUUACCCAGGUUAUGGUCCUAAUAUGCCAUCUGAUACCUUCUCCAGGCCUCCCUCUGCCCAUCAAUAUUUGGACUAUGAAGCUAUCGGCAAAAGCAGCCAGUUUGAAGUUUACCCCAAACCUCAUAUGUCACAGAAUCCUCAAAUGUUUCCUCAAAAUCUCAAUAGAUUGAGUAUGCAAAAUAAUAAAGAUUUAGAGAUAAACAAUGGUAUCUCUCAGGUAUUUCCUCCUUUGGGUACUGAAUGCUUCAACCCAAUCCAACCUCCAGGUUUGAGGCUUUCCAGUGAAAAUGCCCUUAACCCCAUAGUCAAACAGGAACCCCCUACCCAGACUUCAGAACAAAAAGAAAAAGAGGAUGUGUGGUCUGACAGUGAGCACAACUUCCUUGACCCUGAAAUUGGAGGAGUGGCAGUGGCACCUAGUCAUGGGUCAAUCAUUAUUGAGUGUGCUAAGCGGGAGCUCCAUGCGACUACACCACUCAAGAAGCCUGACCGCAACCAUCCUACCCGUAUCUCUUUAGUGUUUUACCAGCACAAGAACUUGAAUGAGGCAAAACAUGGACUGGCUCUGUGGGAAGCAAAGAUGGCAGAGAAGGCCCGAGAGAAAGAGGAGGAUGCUGAGAAGUAUGGUACUGAAAAUACAUCCAACAAGAGCAGUGGAAAGAAGGUAAAAAGAGAACAUUCUGAACCUUCAGAGCCUCCGUAUAAGCAGUUCCUUCUCAUGCUUAAUGAGCGGUCAACAUCCUGCACUACCAAUACAUAUGUAAGCACAUCUCCCUAUGCCUUCACCAAAGUGACUGGGCCUUACAAUCAAUUCCUGUGAAAACCUCCAUAGGUCCAGAGCAACACAAGCGUAAGAGUGGCAUCAGACAAAUUUAAUGGUUCUACAAUAUGGGGUUGCAGACCUCUAUGCCACUGGCCAAAUAACCCUUAAUGCUUGUUCAGUAAAAUACCCCUUUACCACCAGAAGGAACCGGGUGCUGGAGUGCUCAGAGUUAGUGCUAUAGUUGGUUCGAAGUUGGUUCGAUUUGCGAGCCCAUUAAGAACAGGUUUGCUUUGCCACAGACUAGAGAGCCACCACAGAGCCAGGUCUUACGUCAACGAAUCCGUCUAAUUUUUCCCAGCAACGCUUGUGCCGAAGCGCCAAACACACCAUAAACAAUGGCAGGAGAGACGUUUCUAUUGAUGUUGGCUUUGUGAACCUACAUCGGUUAUCAAAACCCGACAAAUCGAACAAAUGUGUUCAUGCAGCUUGGCGUAAUUUGUUUAGCCGAAGAUUUGAAGUUAUUAACAGUAGAUAGAUUCAUUAUCCUACUAUAUGGAAAGGCAGAUAAUCAAUGGGUUUUUCAUUCUCUUAAGAAGUCAAGCUUUACUGUUUUAAUCAAUUGGAAAUAUUUAUUUAUUAUUUAAUUGCUAUAUGAUAACACACAGUUCUCCAUCCAUGGUGCACAGUCCAACAAAUCAUGGAGAUGGAUAGAUUACUGGGAGAAAAAAAAGCUAAUGUUUGGUGACUUCUGUGGCUAAUCACUUUUUUAUGGUGCUAGGGAGUGUUUUAAAUGCAAAUGUUUUCAAACGCCUUUCUUUAACAACACUUAACAAAUCACCUUGUAUAAUAAUUUGAAGUAAUACACAGGAAAUACUUAGCUUAAUUAGUGUUUUAAAAGCACUUUUUUUAUAACAGUGAGGGCAUAACUUUAUGCCAUCUAAUUUGAAAGACAAUUCAUUACACUUCAGCCAUUUUAGUUUCAAAAUGUGAAAAACAAUGAUGAACUCCAUGGUGGCUAGUCAAAAAUCAUGUAUCAGCCUUUUAAAGAAUUUCUCUGGUGCUUACACAAUUUCAGAAAUCCUUUAUACUUACUGUAUAGUGAGCCAUUGAGGGUCAAUUUUGCAAGAAUAAUGUUCUGAUUCACUAAAUGUGACAUAUCAGAACACUGAAUACUGAUACUUAGAGUCAAGAAAGACAAUGGUCGAUAUUAGGUCAUUAAAGCAUGUAUCAAGGAACACAUAACAGGGUUACCGUUGCAUCAAUGUCACUGUUCCAAAGGCAGCUGGCUUGGCUUGCUGUGGUGGCUAUUACAUAAUGCAACUUUAGCUGUAUAAAAAAAGUUUAGAUUUGUACAGUAAAUUAUUAUUAUUUCGAAUGUAUGCUUAGAUAAUAGUUUAGUAAAGAUGAGUACUAUUACUUUGGGUUUGAACUGAUCUUAUUUCAAAUGGUGCUACUUGACCUGCUAUACAUAUAAUGUGAGAAUUUCUAAGGCUGUUGAAAAGGCUUAUGAAUGACGUAGAAAACCCUACUUAUCAUAUACCUCAGAACUAGUUUGGCAAUAGAAUUAAAAUACCAAGGUGUUUCUGUUCUUUUAUUUCCAAACACUUUGUAGCAAAUAUAACAAAGACCUUAAGGCCAUCAUUGAUGCUAAGUUCAUUUCUUACUUUCUUCACACUUGAUCUGUUAGAAAGUAUUACUUGUCUUGAACUUAAAGUUUCAAUGGAACUGCAAAAUCAGGGAUAUCAGCUCAUUUCUGUACAUAAAUAUCACUUGUGUUCAUGUUGUCUUCUCUAAAUCAGGUUUGAGCCUUUGUAUUUUAAAUCAAUCUAAAUUUCUUGUAUAUACUACACACAUAUCUAACUUUGUUACAGAACUAAAAUUAAGAAUCUGAAUUUGUGAACUGCUGAAGCAGAAUGCUGAUAAACUUUUCAAGAAGUAAUUUUAAAACAUUUUAACAUGCACUGAUUUAAAGGGAAAGUGUCACAAAAUAUAUAAUGCAAUGCAGUUGCUCUUUACUGAAAGGUAAGACCAAGUCAGUUCAACUUUUGUGUGCACAUUAAAUGCAUAUGUACAUCUUGAGGCUAAAUGUAUAUACAACCACUAAACAUGGUAAUGCCUCUCACACAACCCUUUCCACUGAAUCAAAUUAGAAAAGUUAUGAAUAAUUGAUAAUAAAAUAUAUACAACUCAUUCCAUAAUUAAAGCACUUCGUUUGAUUAUUUUUUCCAGAAAUAAUACAAAACAAUCUAUGUAAAUUCAAAAUAGGUAGAUUAUUGUAAACUAAAUAGAUUGUGCCACAUUGUAUAUACUACAUUCUUGCGUUGCAGAAGUCUAAGUCCAUGUUAUGUACAGUUUAAUUUAAUGUUAAAAGUACCAUUUCUCCACACAUAUAAUAUAGAUUUUGCCCCUAAAACGUCUUGUUGGUAUUCAGGUCAGCUACGUUUUCUUUUCUUUUUUUGAAUACAACAGCAAAGUUUAACAAACAAACAAAUUUAAAUUAGGAAUCACUUCGAAGGACUGACUAGACACUUCCAAUUUAUUGGUUUAAAUUUCUGUGCACAGAACCCAGUUUGAGUAGCAGGUUGUGUAUGAAGCAAAAGUGGUGGUAAACAUUUAGUGAGUGACGAGAAUAGCCAUACUUGAAGAUGUUCGGAGAGUUUUUGAGUGGAGUCAACUUUACUUGAAAUGACUUUCUGACUUCAACUAACGAACUGGGGUGCGCAGCUUUUACAUUAAGCUUGCGGUUUAUGUACACCUAUUGGUAUUUUGCCAUUAGACACUAAAGGUAUAAUUGUGCUAUUUUCUGCCUUUUUGUAUUGCUUUCCAUUUUCCCUUACAAUUUGUAAUGCUUAAAACAUUGAAUUAAGAAUGGCUUUGAAUACUGUAAGUAUUGUAAUGUACUGAAGAAAUGAAUGCAUUUUAUUUGAAAGCUGUUUGUUAUGAUUUGUUUUCAUUCCUAAUAUUGCUGAAUUUUUUUUUUUUUUAAUAAAAAUCAUAUUUAUUUCAAGAA